AUGCUCUUCGCUCUCGGCGCCACAUCAAAAGAGAUCCAGCAAGGCUACGACACUAAUGUCUCCUAUCAACGGUCGCCCGAGCCCCUGAAGGACUCAAUCGUUGAUGACAUGCACAAGCCAGUCCGUUCCAAGACCUAUCUUGGGAAGGAACAAUAUUACCACGACUUUCUCGAGGUACUUGACGAAUAUGUCUUCGCGCGGGAUGAACGUGCAGACGAUCUGCUGGCUCGUUUGCACACUGGCUUUCUGCACCCAACCGUCCAUACUGGGUUCGGGCUGGCGCAGGCAUGUGUACACGAAAAGUGGAUAAAUCACUGCAAGGAUGAUAGGAAGACAAUCGUACAAUUGCUCGAGGAAGUAAAGAAAGACGAGGAGUUGAGUAAUGCCGCGCACUGGGAAGAUAGUAACAAGAUCCGCGAUGGCAUCAUGAAAAGGGCACUUGAGAAGAUGGUUGCAAUCACAAGUAAGCCAAACCUUGCCUUGCAAACAGCAGAACUAAAACCCUGUGCAGUGUACUUCACAGCCGCAGCCCAGCGUCCACCUCACCAAGUCAAAUUCGACUUCUACUACAUGCACUGCGUCACCUCGUCCAUCUUCUUCUCGAACUUCCUCUCCCCUGCCAACACGUUCCUCGCACCCGCAGCGAAACGCCGCCUACUAGAGUGGAAAGUCUGGAACAACAUCGUCAUGUAUGCAUCACGACACUCACCAGCCCUUCUCCUCUCCGAGAUUACAGAGUAUACGCCAAAAGAAGACUCAGACUGGGACAAGAUCAUCUUGCGGGUAAACAAAACGGAAGACGACGGUCACGCAAGCAAAGCCAUCAGUGCACUAGCCAAUGGCCAAAAAUCAUGUCAGCCGUACGAGGAUAAGCCUGGUUUCGUCAUCAAGGGUGAUGCGUGGAGGAAGGUAGGACACAUACACAUGGCUAUCGACUCUGUGGAGGCGGGGGAGCUGUGGGUUUGAUCAGGCGUGGGAGGUUGUGCCGGCGAGAGACGGGGCGAAGUUGUGAGCUUGCUCGAGGGGCGGGAGAGAAGUGAGGGGGCUGGGAGCUGGGAGCUAGAAAGUGGACGAG